AUGGCGCCCCUUAUCGCUCUGACUCACCUCGUCUACGGCGCUGCCGUCGCAACGGCGCUGGAUCUCGCCGUCAUCUUCCCGACGACCUCGCCGUCCGUCUCUGCGGAACCGCCCGAGUGCCUCAUGGAGAACUACACGGAAUACCUCGUUGGCCCGAAGCCGACAGGCACCCUGUCCGACGCCAUGGCCUCGUACACGGCUGAACUGUUCAAAACAUGCACCCUGUCCCCGGAGGAGUGGCUGAGCUGCCCGUUCCCGGAAAGCUCGCGGGUCUGCGCAUUCUCCAGCGCGGGCCCAUCCGAGGUGAUGUCGGCCUACUCUGAUUUUGGGAGCUCGGCCUCGUCGUGGUGGUUCGCGCGCAGCUUCAUGGCCGAACAAGUCGCCUUCAGCUGCCCCUCCCGCUGGUACAAGGAGAUGCGUCUGAUACCAUUCGCGGCCAUCAAGCUGAACGAGACCAUUUCGUUCGCAAAAUGCUUCAUCAAGGACGUCACCACUGUUGCGUCAGAGUCGAGGCCGACGGCGACGUCGAUGGCUCCGUCGACGGCGCCCAAGGCCGGGACGCCUUCUGCGGCACGAGAGACGGGAGCGUCGUCCGAGUCGUGGGCAGCGCGAGGAGAGGGAUGCAAUCUCGGGCUGUUUGCCGUGGCCGCCAUGGCAACCUUGAUGCUUGCCUAG